AUGCGGUACGAAGACUGGGACGUGAUUCUCUUCCCCGAAUCGUCCAAGGUGCCCAUUCAGGAGUUCAAGACCCAAUGUUUCGUCACCAAGGAUAAGGAUUCACCCUACUUGCAUAGUCCCGGUCUUGUUAGUCCGGCUACUUGUCCUCUGCCACAGAGCAAUGAGGGCCAGUUGCCAGUUCUCACUACUUUCGUCCCAAGUUUGCGUCACAACACCCCAUUCCGUGUGUCCGUUCAUAGCUGGCAGAAGCCCACACCCAGUCGGUUGAUGGAAAGCCUCUUGCAGCCAGAUGAUGCAGUGCUUUUCGAGGUGCGGGUCUUUAUUGAUGGCCUGUGUGUCUCGUAG